CACACAGAAAUCAGUGGUGUCGCACAUCACUAGUAAAUAUUCCUAAAUAACAUCUGUUUUACGCAUGCGUAGUAAUGAUAUAUAGCAGAUUAUAAAUUGUAAACAGCUGGUAAUGAGGCGGCAGUUCAUUCGUGAGCCUUCUCCAGUAGACGCACGUGGGCCGUCUAGAGGGGUUGUUUUGAACAGCAGGCCACAUUUUAACUACUGGAAUGUCCGAGGAGGCUGAAGAUGUGAUGACUUUGGAAGAAGAGCGGGAAAUGGAUGACAAGGUUGUUAGUCCAGAAAAAGCAGAAGAAGCCAAGUUAAAGGCCAGAUUUCCCAGUCUUGGAGCCAAAGCUGGGGGCUCAGAUUUCCUGAAAAAAAGACUUCAGAAGGGGCAAAAGUAUUUUGAUUCUGGUGACUACAACAUGGCCAAGGCCAAAAUGAAGAAUAAACACCUGCCAUCAGCCCCAACCGAGAAAGUUGAGAUCACUGGUGGUCAUAUCCCAACACCUCAGGACCUCCCUCAGAGAAAGACCAACAUUGUGACAAGCAAACUGGCUGGCUGAUGGGUUUGUUUGCAGCUUUACCAUUCCAACCACUCACUCUGUCAAAGCCACUUGCCUUCAGCACUUCCCUGUUUUCACCUCUGCAUAAGCUACCUUAUUUUGGCAUGUUAAUUUGACUUAAUAUACAAAUAUGGGGGCGGGGGAAAGCCUAUAGAAACCACUGUAGAAAAUGAAUGCAAAACAUCAGUUGUCAGUACCUUAAAGAAAGUUAGUCUUGUUGCGUAUAGUGGCAAAGUGACACAAAAUUUAAUAAAGGCAUUACAUAGUCUACAUUCAGGUUUCUCGGCUUAAAUGUUAAAUUUAAGGACAAAUGCUCACAUGUUUAAAAAAUAUUAGUCCGACAGCCCUUCAGUAGUUUUUCUCGCAUGCCAACUCCAUGUAGAAAUGUUUGUUUCCAAAGUACUUACGGUUUGAUUGCAUACUGUAGGUUGAGUUUUAAUAGCUUUCAUUGACUGGUUUGCAAAAGAGACAAAGGAUGGGCUCCAUCUCAUCCCGACAUGUCGAAAUUGGCCUUAAUUGAAGUGAAAUACUGUUCUUGAGCAAUAUUUGCUCUCAGUAACACUUGUGCAUCUUGCAACUGUUUGACUUGAAUCAUUAAGGAUUUUAUUGAAGGGAACUCCGUGUAUGUCUGGAGUGUGCAUGUGCAGGCACACUGUGCCGUUUGUUUUGUAAAUAAAAUAAUUUUGGAUAACAGCUUGUGAGUGCUUUCUUUGAAAUUUUUAUUUAUGCUGAGCUAGGCAUUUUGAAGGAAAUGAACAGCAUCCCAUGGGGUAGUAUAAAAGUACAUUUUGAGAAGCAAGGUGGAGUGGUGGUUGGCAUGUCUGCCAACAGUCAGGAGAUCUGUGUUUGAAAACUCCAUUGGAACAUUUCCGUGGAAAGUUAGGCUAAUUGGAGACUCAAUGAUCUAAAGAUGAGUGAAUGGUUGUUUGUAAGAUGGUGACCACUCAAAGAUGUACGUCUUCUUGCCCAGGGUCAGCUGGUAUAGGCUCCAGCUCAAAGUAUGCCAAGUAACUCCCACAGUUGAAACGCAGUCACUGUUUUUGGAAAAACUCAAGACUAGCACAGUGGGUUUCAAAGUGUGAUGCAGGCCUCCCCUCCGAGGUGCCAGAAGACGUCAGGGGAGGCGCAUCAGGUUAAGAAAAAUUAUGAAACAUGUUUUUAAACCUGCUGUGCAAACGUUACGUCAAAAGACAGUACAGUAAAAG